AUGGUUGUAAGUCUUUACGUUUGUGACAUUCCACAAAAUAUUGAAAAAGAGGAGCUUGAAAGUGUUUUCUCCUGCUUUGACGGCUUUGUUGAGGUCAGACUCGCCAAAGAUAAAAACAGAUAAAAAAUUGCAUUCGUUGAUUAUACCUCAGAAGAUCAUGCAAAAUAUGCCAUGAAUAGUACAAAAGGAUUCAGAUUUGCAGCCUCUACCAGAGGAAUCAAUCAAGGUCACCAAAGCUAGCAAAGAUAAGGUAACAAUCAUCAAAGUUCUAACUCGAGAGGAAGUCAUCAUGUUGAGUCCCCACAAAUGAGUAUUAAAGAUCCUAAUUAUCAUUAGCCGCAAUAGUAGUAUGGUAGGUAUGAAGGCCCCCCUCCUCAACAAUAGAAUUACCAGUAAUAAUCUUCGCAGUAGUAGUCAUAGUAGUUUAAAAUUCCAAAGUCUAAUCAGCCACCAAACAAUUUCUCCUAAAUUACCAAUAUUCCUCUCCAUCAGUCAAAUAAUCCAAACAACAGUAUGAUUUUCAAUGACUAGCGUUAACCAACUGGUACAUCUACCCAAUAAGAUUAUCCUCCUCUCAAUCAAUUCGGGUAGGAUCCUGCACCUCAUAAGUCUAUUCCCCCCAUUCAAUAAACCCCAUAAGAUAUUCUUUCAAUUUUAAACAAUCUUACUCAUAUGACAUCUCAAACCACUGCUGCUAAUAGUACCUAUCAUAGUUAAUCUCAAGGUCCAUUAGAUUUUUCCUAAUAGUCACAAUAGUCGCUUAAUGCAGGAAAUCAGAACCUUCUUAACUUUUUUACAGGUUUGGCCCAAAAUCCUUCUUUAUAAGCGGGUGCUAACUAAAUAUAAAAUCCGCUACUAAUGGCCUCGUCUCUCAAUAAUCAAAAUACUUCACAAACUUCUGAAGUGUCUAAGGCCAUGUCUAGAAUCUCAAGUCUCUUUGGUCCAAAUAUUAUGCCUAUUCCUAAAAAUGCCACCAACACUGUCUAUGUCGAGGGCAUCCCGCUCGAUGCUUCUGAAAGAGAAGUUGCUCAUAUUUUCCGUCCAUUCCCGGGAUAUAAGUCAGUUCGUUUGAUCCCAAGAGAGAAAAGGCCAGGGGAAAAAGUCAUUUUCUGCUUUGCAGAUUUUGAGAAUGCAUUUCAGACUACUUUAGUUAUCAACACUCUCUAGGGUUACCGUUUCGACAAGGAUGAUAUAUUGGGUUUAUAAUUCUCAUAUGCAAUUACCAACAACAAAUAUACAUCUGGUUCAUUGUGA